GCAUGCCCACACGUCUGACUGUUCUUGUCAGAAUACACCAUGACAGUCAAGCGACUCACUAAGCUGCAUGUGGAAUCAUAGUAAGGGCAGAGCUUUUUUCGCUGAGGAGUUUGCCAAGUGUUGCUUUCUUUCAUACAGAGAUUUUCAGAGCCAGGACGAAGAAGAAACCAGACAGCAGCCUUCCUCAGAGGACUCCUUUGAACCAUGCAUAGACAAGAGGGAGGAACUGCCUACAAGUGUCCUUACCAAAGCUGCACAGCUGUAUACAGAGGUUCUGACGAAACACAUUAAGGAACAUCAUGAGGAGGUGUGGGAGCGACCAUGUCCACACCCUGGCGGCAACAAAGUAUUUAUGAUAGACCAGUACCUACAGAGGCAUGUCAAGCUCAUUCACACAGAGGAGAGAAACCACAUUUGUGACCAGUGUAGACAAGCUUUCAAGCAACAGAAGCACCUCUCUGUGCACCAGUCUAUACAAGAACAAGCUUCGGUGCCUACUGUCAACCGAGACACAGCUGUCGGACGUAAAGGGCAGGCUCUCCAUCUCUAUCCCUCCGGAGAUUCUACACUCUUUCCCUGGAUCCACUCAUCUUGGCUUAGCUGCACGUUACAGCCCACAGGUCUGAUUUCUUCUGGGACCGCCAACCUAGGAACACUUCUCUUCUGCUCCGAAGCCGCACGUCCCUUGCGUCUCGCUUCAUCCCUGGUCUUCAGCCCCAGAGCUACAGUAUCAGCGCCACCAUCAACCCGAUUCAUAAUGUACUGGGGAUGAAGCUGCUGAAGAGGACUUGCUGGCGCAAUAUGGAUAUUUUCCAAUGUGUCCUUUCAGGCCUGCGAUCCAAAGAAUGUGCCUAAAGAAGCCUCUGCUCCCCACGCCCAAUGACAACAGGGUAUGUAUAUUGGUAUCUACUGCCCCACGUUCUGCAGCACUUUCCCAACUCCAAGGUAUCUCUAUCCAUCUAUCUGUCUGUUCACGUAACCAGUGAAACAGAAGAGCAUCCCAGACAAAUAUUUCCUGGCCUAGAAGCACAUCUUCAGCUUUAUCCCCGAACUUGUUAACUACCACCAGCAUAAUUGAACAGGUAUGGAUGUUUUAUUAUAUCUAUCCAUUAUAUCUGUCUGCCUGUCUUCUUACCAUCCAUCCAUCUAUCUGUCUGUCUAUCCACCAUCUAUCAAUCUACAUGUCAAUGUUUACCUAGUUAUCUUUUUGUUCUCUUGUCUGUUAGCCUGUAUCUGCCUCUCUUCCGUUAGUGUGUAUAUAUAUAUAUAUAUAUAUAUAUAUAUAUAUUAAAGAUAUUAACAUUUUCACUCUCUCCAUUGUACCAGAUACAAUUGGUUUAUUCACUAGUAAUGCCCCAUUUGCUAGACAUAGAAAAUAUCACAUGUACAAAGAAUCACACAACGUCUGUGUUGUCAAGAUAAGUGGUAUGCUUUACAUACAGUUCUACAGGGCUUGUUUCACUUAAACUUGACAUAUUUAUAAAUGCUUUCUUUAAAGAGUUUAUAUACUUAUACAUGCUCACGCAAAGCUGACUGUGUGUCAUGUGAGUGUAGCAGGGAUUCGAUAUGAACAGCACUACAAUGUCUUGUUAUUAUAAAAAUGCCUUUAUUGCACACUUAUAGGGCAUUACCGGGCGGGUGGUAAUGCAUUUGCUGGUGGGAAGUGGCCACUAGAGAACCUGCACCCAUACAAAGUAAGAAGAUUUAACAAAGUUGUGCUGACUAUUUUGCUUACAGACAUGUCAUGUGAGUGUAGACAGUUAAAAGGGGAUUAAUUACAUUCACAUUUCUAACCCAGUAUUGAAAAUAAUUCUUAUUGACAUGUUUUCAGUUGUUGCUACUUGUGGAUUCCAAGCCCUUUCAUGUUCUGUGGUGCAUAGGCAAGUGGGAAAUUGACCCCAGACAACCACAAAUUCCCUGUUAAAUGGUCGGCUAAAGAAGUUUUCUUUGGACUUUACAGCUGCAGAUCCAACAUGUGGUCAUUUGGAGUGUUGAUGUGGGAGAUGUUCAGCAAGAGCAGAAAAAAAUCUUUUCAACUGGAAGCUGUGGAGAAAAUCUCAGCAGGACUGAGGCUCUUCAAACCCAAGAUGUCUUCUGAAAGGGGGUACAUGCAGAUGAACAACGGCUGGCAAAAGGACUUCAAUUUCGCCUGUUUUCGUGACUUCGGGUCUUUUCACCGCUUCGGGAGUUCGGCUUCGGCACUUCCACAUUUCGGCUGUUCGGGACUUCAGAAAUGGCCGCAGUCUUCAGCGAUGUCAAGGGGAGCCCAGCUCUUUCCCUGAUGGCUGCACUGAACGUCUGCUUAGUACAGGGGAUGUGUAUAGUGGCAUUGCUUGAUAGUAUUUCUCUAUACAGGCUAUUUGUAAACUUAUUGAGUAGGCUGUUCCUGCUCAAUUGUGCUUUGCACAGUGGGAUACCUAAAGUAUACUGACAUUGUUUGAUGGCAUCUUUCUGUAAUGACUAUGCUAUGGGAAAACAUGGGGGACCGUUCUUGCUAAAUUGUUUUCAAUACAGGAAGAUACCAAUGCUGGCAUCGUUUCAUGGUUUCUCUCAAUACAGUCUAUGGGGAAGCUUAGUGAGGGGUCUGUUCCUGCUGAAUUGUGAUUAGUACAGGGGGAUACCUCAGGCAUACUUUUACAGUUAGGGGCAGUAGCGUAACUAGUUGUUAAUGGACCCCACAGCAAAUUCAGUUUAGGGCCCCAAAACAUUGAUAAGUUGCCUUAUUGAUUGACUAAUUGAUUCAUUUUGCAGUAGCUGGAGUGACACAAAUGAUAGAUCAUAUGGGGAGUAUUUUCAUCUUGGGUACCUAAAUUCCUGACACUUAGGUCGACCCAAUUUAGUGCUCACAAGGCUUAUAGAUUCUUUAAACAAACGUAUUAUACAAUCUGAUUCAGCUGGAACCCUUGAAAAGUCUGUAAGUAUAUUUAGUAUUUCCAUGGGGCCCAUACCUGCUUUUGAAACCUCUGAUAUAUUAUUUAUUUACACAGCAAAUGGGAACUCUCUUGUUUUUUUCUGCAUCUUCUGGGUUUGGUUUCUGUAGAAUUCUUCCCUUCUGCCUGGUAACACUGGUGUCAACUUGUGCUAAAACUCUUUUCUAUGUACAAUAUAUCUGUAUGCAGUGCUGCUGAUUUGAGCAGGUGACACUAUCAAGCACAGUGAGUAGUGAUGGGCAAACUUAGUCGCCAAAUUUGCGGCGAAUUCUCGCGAUUUGCCAGCGGCAGCCACAGAUUCACCCAUCACUAACAGUGAGUUAUAUCCAUAGAGAUAACUCUCCAACUGCUGGUGCCAUGAGCCACAGUGUAACAUCUGAGUACGUAAUGCACCAUUUGAAUAGAAGGGUACUUUUGUAUUUAAAGGCAUCAUUUUAUUUAACUUUAGUGUAAAGUAACAUUCAAAGAUAAAUUGCAGUUGGUCUUUUUUCAUUUUCUGUGGAAUUAAAUAACUUUUUGUUCAGCAGCUAUCUGUUUGCUUGGAUCCAAUUAAGCCUGCAUUCUUGAUUCAUAUUUUCAUCCUAUUAGAGUUGGUAUGUGAAAAUGAUAUAUAUGUUGAAUAUAAGUAUAUGUAUGAUCACACAGGGGAGACAAGAAAAGCAGACACAUUCUAUUUAUGUUCUACAGGAAAAUCCCAAUUGUGUUGUGUAUUGUGUUUUUCAGGUGACCUAAAAAAUGGUGGAAAAUCCCGGAAAAUGUAAAAUGAGAGAAGUGCAUUAUAUAUUGGUGGAACCACAAAAAAACAGAUAUUGAAAAGUUUUGGCUAGUGCUCUUCUCUGUCACUUUAGCUGUGUAUAUCUGUAUCUCUGGCAGCCAUUUGAACUAAGGCUACUGGGAGUAGAUGCAGGCAGAAUGCAGAGCAGUGGGAGCUGCCAUAUAGAUCACACAAAUAAGUGCAACUUUAUGCUGAGAUGAAUCAUUAUACAGCCUAUGUUGUCUCUGGGCUUAAAUUAAACUAGUGGCUGGAUUCCCUGAUUAAUCAGUGCAUUUUGGCAGCAUCUGGAAGCAGUUGAGAGAGACUUUGGGAUCCCUGUGUAACCCCUCUCAUUCGUAAGGAUAGGGUGGGUUGUUUGGAGGGCAGUGAUUAGGUCUAUGUGUACCAUGGAGCAGUGAAAUCGAUUUUUAAGCACAGAAUUACAUUUUUUCUUAUAUGUUUAAAAAAUGGGUUCCUAGUUCUGUGGGUUUCAGAACAAUAUUAAUUUGUGUAAAUAUAAUUUAUCCAUUAUAUUCUAAAAUCUGCAUCAUUUGCACUGUGUGCGCACCAAGCACUUCCUUAUUGCACAAUUAUAUCCUGUAUAACAGGCAGCAGUAUGGUCUAUGAUCGGUUGCUAUUCACCCCUGUGAGCAUGAUGCCAUGUUCUUUGGAGUUCUGUUCUGUAUAAAUCUAUUGUAUUGUUUGCUGCAAGAAAACAUUUUGCCUUUUUCACCCUAUUUUUAAAGAAUGACAUUUUAUUAUAUUCUUAUUUGCAGCACUAAUAUAUUUCAAAAGUUUGCUCAAAUGCACAAAAACUGUGUUUGAAUGUAUAAAGUUUGUACAUUUAAGGUUCUCUCUAUUAGAUGGGCCACACGUGUUCUUUUUGCAGCAUGUCUGGAGCAACCCAACAUUGGACUGAUACUCUCAACAGAGAAACAGAAUCAAUCUCAGAAUCUUCCCAGCACAUUAUAUUUGAAAGGACUUUUUGUUGAAUCAACUGUGCUGCUGUAGCUGCCCUAUAGUACUGCAUAAGGCCUAUAUAAGAUACAUUUUACCAUUCUGUGUAUUUUAUGUUCCUGAAUAAAUGUUAAUACUAUUGUUUAAA